UGAUAACUCUUAUCGACAUCGACCGGUUCCCAAACAAGAACAACGUACCGAGGAUUAUUUAAAAAAAAAACGUCUGCAAGACACGAAAAAUUAUGGUGUACGUUUGAAAUCGUCGAAGAACGUUUGCGAUUUAUUUCACCAUGCUCAUAUACUUAAGCAAAAAAAUCGCUAUACCGAACAACACGAAAAUCAAUUGCCUCGAAUGGAAUUCGAGUCAAGAUUGUAUUGCAGUUGGUGGAGAUGAUGGCCUUUUGAAAAUAUUGAAAAUCGAUUCCGGAAACUCGGCAGAUGGUAAGCCUAAAGGAUUGGCAGGACAAGCCAACUUGUCGAUAAAUAAAACACUCGAAGGACAUUCUGGUAGUGUAUUAGCCAUUGUUUGGAAUGAAAAACACAAUAAACUAACAUCAAGCGAUGAAAACGGCUUAAUCAUUGUUUGGACUUUGUAUAAAGGAACAUGGCAAGAAGAAAUGAUCAACAAUCGUAAUAAAUCUAUUGUUAAAGGUAUGGCAUGGAAUGGUGAUGGUGAAAAAAUUUGUAUUGUCUAUGAAGAUGGCGCUGUUAUUGUUGGUUCAGUUGAAGGUAGUCGAAUCUGGGGCAAAGAAUUGAAAAAGUUGAUGUUGACCGGUGUCCAGUGGUCUCCAAAUUCAAAAUUUCUUUUGUUUACCAUUAAAACUGGUGAAGUUCAUUUAUAUGACAGCGAUGGAAAUUUUGUAUCUAAAUUAGGUAUUGCAUGUCUACCAAUAUCUUCAAAUAAUGCGGUGAUUUCUGCUUGUCAUUGGCUCGGCAGAGAUAUGAAAGGCUCCCCACAAUUAGCCAUAGCGUACAAAUCAAGCCAUGUGCAGUUGAUGAGAGAUCAAUAUGAUAUGAAUCCAGUGGUUUUUGAGUGUGACAUGUCAAUAGUGGCUAUCAAAUGGAAUCAUAACGGCAAUGUACUGGCAUUAGUUGGUUCGUUAGUAGUGGAUGGAGAUGUUAAAGAGUCCAAUGUUCUGGAACUAUAUUCUCCUUUUGGUGAACAUUUGAGAACUCUAAGAAUUCCUGGAUUCAUGGUCUCUGCUUGUUGUUGGGAAAGCACAUCUUUACGUAUCACUCUAGCCAUUGAUAGUUUUGUUUAUUUUGCCAAUGUACGAUAUGAUUACCCAUGGUGUUACUUUGCUGGCACUAUUGUUUAUGCAUAUAGAAAUUAUGAAGAAUCUGUUACAGAUAUAACAUUUUGGAAUAUUAAGAAAAAUGAAUUUUAUCACACAAAAUAUGAUUCUUUGCUAUGUAUGGAUGCUUAUAAAGAUUAUUGUGUUCUUGCUGUACGGAAUAAUAAUGAUCCAUCUAAACCCUGUAGUCUCAUUAUAUGCAACAAUAUCAAUACUACAGUUGAUUCAAAACAUAUCAAUUUUGAACCAAUAUGGAUUGCAAUUAAUGGUACUCAUGUGAUUGUUUCAUCAUUUACAAGUUUUAUGAUUUGGCAAUACUCUGUUCCAAAAUCACUUUCUGCAUCCAUACUUAACACUAAACGUAAGAAAGUUAAAAUGAUUCAUAUUGACGAUACACCUUCUGGAAUUGAUGAACUCACACAAGAAUCAUCAGAUUUCAAAAGCUUAUCUUUCCAAAAGGAAACUAAGGAUCGUAUAACUUGUAUAACAGCUAGUGAUCAAUAUCUAUUUAUUGGCAGAGAAAGUGGUGCUUUGCAAAAAUACUCAUUGCCACAGGUGGCUUUAGUGGAAAGAAAAAUUUUAGCAUAUAAACCCUAUAAAUUGGCAUUAAAUUCUAAUUCUAAACGAUUGGCUGUAAUUGAUUCAACUGGUAUAUUGACACUUUUAGACAUCUCUGAAGAUAAUUUAGUUUCUGGAUCAACUAGUUCUGAAGUUCCAAAUUCUUUUCAAAGGAGAGAUGUAUGGACUAUGAAGUGGGCAUCUGAUGAUCCUGAACUUUUAGCAAUCAUGGAGAAGACACGAAUGUAUGUCAUAAGAGGAUUUCAUCCUGAAGAACCUAUUAGCACUUCAGCUUAUAUUGCUUCAUUUGAAAAUUUAGAAAUUCAAGCUGUUAUGCUUGAUGAAAUUAUCCAGUCUCCUGAUAACCCAUCUCUUGAUUAUAUUAUUACUUUGGAAACUAAAUCGUUAAGGGACACAAGACAGUUAUUAGAAAAAGUCAGUAUUACUGAAGCAAUCAAAUUUAUCAAUGAUAAUCCACAUCCAAGACUUUCGAAGUUAUUAGCUGAAGCAUCAUUACAAGCUUUAGAUCUUACAACAAGUGAAACAGCAUUUGUUCAGUGUCAAGAUUAUCAUGGUAUAAAAUUAGUAAAACAGUUGGGCAACAUACAUGAUGUUCAAUUAAAACAUGCUGAAGUAGCUGUAUAUUUUGGAGAUUAUGCAAAAGCUGAGAAAUUAUAUAUUGAAGCCGAUCGAAAAGAUUUAGCCGUUAUUCUAUAUCAAAAACUUGGAAAUUGGUUUAAAGUUGUAGAGCUGUUAAAAUCAAGUUCUUCGCUAGUCGGAAUAUCUGGCCUCACAAUGAAUUUGGCAUGGCAAGGAAUCGGUGAUCAUUUCCUAGACAAUCAACAAUGGGACUUAGCAGUUGAAUACUACAAGAAAGCUGAUAACCCAGAAAAGCUUGUUGAGUGUUAUAUAAUGCUUAAGGACUAUGAGUCAUUAGCAUCCCUCGCCAAAAGUUUACCAGAAAAUCAUCCGUUAUUAGAAACUAUUUCUGUGUUUUUCAUCAAUAGUGGAAUGGUCGAAGAUGAUUCUUCAAACCAAAAUUUUUCCAAACGGAUGUUGACGACCAUUGAAAUUGACACUAGUAAAAUAAAUGAACACAUAAACAAUUUGAAUAAUUCAAACCGAGAUCAAUGGCUAGAAAAUGUGAAAGGCUUGUUGACAGUGGUUUCCAAGUGCAUAAAUGGGGAACGAUACAUGGAGGCUGCCCAAUUAAUAUUUGCUAUUGUUUGUCAAGAAAUUAAAUCAGAUAUACAACCAAACAUCAUACGACAGUUAUCUACAGCAGGUGCUCUAUUAAUUGAAGAGUACAAAGAUAGAAACGUCAAAUCCACUUUGUCAGAUGUCGAUGAAGUGGUAAUUAACGAUUUCAAAGCCAUACCAUUUAAAUCCCGUGCCGAAAUUAUAGCAAACAGUUGGCGUAUUGUAGAAUCUAUACAUUUUUUAAUACUUGCCCAAAAACAACUUUACAAUGGAGACUUUCGUUUAGCCCUGUGGACAUCGUUAACUCUUCGCAACUAUGAAGACUUAUUGAACAAUGAACAGGUGUAUUCAAUUAUAGCAUUAGCGGCAAUAGCAAACAGUUCAUUCAAUAUUGCAUCUAGAGCUUUUAUGAAACUUGAAACCAUUGCCACGAAAAAAAAUUAUAGUCAAUUGUCGUUGAUUAUAUUUAGCAAAUAUCCUCCUAAGGAUGAUGUGACAUUAUCUAUUCAAUGUUAUAGCUGUUUGAAUAAUUUUCCUGCUUGGUCGUUGAAGUGUCCACAAUGUAAAACCAAACCAGAAGCAAAUAUUGUUUCGGGUCAACCACUGACUGAUAUCAAAUCGGUUUGGUGUUGUAGACAAUGCAAACGUAAUGCAACAACUACAGACAUGGAACCAUUAAAUUACUGUCCUCUGUGUAGAAAAGAGGUCAUUCUUACCUUUUGAAUUGUUUUACAUAUUUAUAUAUUAGAUUUUUUCAUUGUGCACAUGACACUUUUGAAUGAUUUUUAUAUUCAUUCUAAUUAAAUGCAUUCCGUCCAGUAUAAAACUAAUACGCACUACUAUAAGACUGAACAAUAUUUAUUUGUGAAUUAAAUAUAUUAAUUCAAUAAACAAUAAUAAUAAUAUUUA